AUGCUUUCAAAAAUCAUUCUCCAAACCCUAGUGAUCUCAGCUCUGGCCCUUGCAGAGCUCGAUCCCCGAGCAAGUUUGAGCUCCGACCAAAACUCUGCUCUGGAUCUGCUCAUGCCGUCGCUAUUUGGCUGGCAGCAUCUGGUCUCCGAAACGGGCCAGAGCAUCGAGUGCGCAGUGUGUCAGGCCGCCCUCGUGGCAGUGAACGCUGCCGUUGACGUCGUCGGUGAGGACCUGGCCUUGGAAAUUGUCAAGGACAUCUGCCACGGUUUCGAGAAAGAAGACGUCUGCGACGGCGUGGUGACAGAGCUCGGGCCUGUGAUACUUAAAAUGAUUACCAGCUCGUCCGACUCUCUGCUGGGGUAUGGUGGGGAGCUCAUUUGCAAUUCGUUCCUCACCACCUGUUCAGACUUUGAGCCGCACACCAAGGACUUUGCGCCGUCUCCCGUCUCCGACGCGGUCAUCAACUACGCUUCCAACGCAAGCUCCAACGACCUGCUAACCAUUUUGCACAUCUCCGACAUCCACUACGACCCGAACUACUUGAUUGGCUCGGAAGCAGACUGCGACUACCCGCUAUGCUGCGAGGCGCGCACUCAGGAGUCCAGCACCGUCAAGACCCCCGCUACCAGGUUUGGUGCUUACCAAUGCGACGCUCCGCUGGACCUGGUGCAGAGCUUUGGCGAGAACCUGGAGGCCACCAUUGGCGGAGCACCGGACUUUACGCUCUUCACAGGAGACGUUCCGCCUCAUAACGUGUGGUAUGACAACGAGACGACUGUGAUGGAAGCUUUUCGCAUCUACAGCACGCUGGCAAAGUACAUCAAGUCGCCGCUGUACGGAACAAUGGGCAACCACGACACGGCCCCGGUGAACCUCCUGGAGCCGGCAGAAAUUGGCAAUCUCAGCAACCAGUGGGCGCUCGACGGUCUGGGCAGCUACUUCCAGCAGUGGCUGCCUGCGUCUACCGUGCGGCAAUUUGAAGACUCGUAUGGUGUGUAUGCUGUGCGUCCUGCUCCCGGCCUCAAGCUCAUCAACCUUAACACCGUGGACUGCUACAAUUUCAACUUCUACGUUCUGUACAACAGCGGUGCGGAUCUAGACCCAAACGGCCAGCUGCAGUGGCUGGUGAACGAGCUGAGCGACAGCAAGCUGCGGAACGAGUCUGUGUGGAUACAGGGACACAUCGCGCCGGGCGACGCCGACUGCAUCGUGCCGUGGUCGAACCUGUACAACUCCAUCGUGGUGGACUAUUCUGACAUCAUCAAGGCCCAAUUCUUCGGCCACAGCCACGAGGACAAAUUUAUUCUCAACUACGACUCACAGGGCACUGCUGUCGGUGUGCAGUAUCUGGCCCCCUCCAUCACCACCUACACAGACCUCAACACGGGCUACAGAGUGUACAAGGUGGACCCGACGACGUACGAGGUGGUCGACUCGCUCACGUACUACGCGGACAUUGCAGCCACAGGGAACGACACGCCGCCAAAGUGGCAGCUCGAGUACUCCGCCAGGGAAUACCAUCCGUCGUGGCCGGCUACCAGUCCGCUGAACGCAACGUUCUGGGAGACCGUGCUGCAGGUGUUGGAGGCCAACAACACCGCAUUUGAGCUCUACAGCAAGUACAUGUCAAAGAGCUCCUCAGCUUCCGCCGUGUGCACCACUGACGGGUGCAAGGAGCAGUACAUUGCGCAGAUCAAGAGCGGCAACACGCUGAACAAGUAUUAUGCUCCGCUUAUCGACCUCGACGCCGACGCCAAUCUGACGGACGUUGCCACGGCUGUCUCCAGUGCGAAACAGGGAUCCUCGAGCACCGCUCUGACCAGGAGGUGUUUACAUCUCUAG